AUGGGGGGCCUCCUUGCGCUCACGGGGAUGUCGCCAGAGGGUGCUUUGGGGGGCCGUUGCCUGCUGGUGCUUUUGUUGCUAUUGCUCUCCCUCCCCAACUGCAUCUUGUGCCUCCAAGAGCUUCAGGACGCACCCGUCGGCGCAGCUCUUGAUGCAGCGGAGGACGUUAUAAUAAGGGCCACCUCAGGAGUCGAAACACAGCCAAGAGUAGUUGUUCCACCUUCACCUGCCCCUGCUGCUGCAACGGCUACCCCGUCAGUCUCUGAGCCAACAGCAAGCGCGCAGAAAAACACCAACAACGUUAGCAGCAGCACCAACAGCAACAAAAACAAAAACAGCAGCAAAAACAGCAGCAGGAGGAACAACAGCAACAGCAGCAACACCAGAGAUAGAUGCCAGUACGAGCUGUCCGUGUUUUAUUUUCUCGGGAGGCCGCCGCUUCCCGCCCGCAGCUUGCAGGCGGCGCUGCAGCUGCUGUGGAUUUCAGCCCGAGGGGGCAGUGCAGACGCACAGUAUCUCUUGGGAGUUCUCCACCAGAACCUCUACUUGCUCCCUAAGGAACCGCCACUUAUAGAGUUGGACUCUCCCUUGCGGGUGGUUGUGGGGCGCAACUAUGAGCUUUCUUUCUUUGCUAAGGACCAGCCGAUCCCAGAGCCUUGGGGUCCUCUGAAGGCAUUGAAAGCAUUUGAACGUCAUCUGCGCUCGACAGGAGAUGCGGAUGGGUUUGGAUCAACGCUUUGGCAGAAACUUCAAAGCCAUUUCUCCUGGGCCCUCCGAGGGGGUCCCUGGGCACGGGGGUCCUCCGAGGAGCCUGACGGGGAUUCUCCCUCUGCAGCAGAAACGGCGGGUCGGGCCCUCCCCCAAGAAGAAGGGACCCCCAAGACGGUGGCGCAGGCGAUGCAGCUGCUGCUGUCCGCUCCGGACUUCGCCUUUAACCCCCCACUGCCCUUGGUGUAUCUACACGCUGCAGCUACUGCGCUGCAUCCGGCUGCUGCUGCUGCUGUUGCUUGGAAGCAGCAGUUCGCCGCCCUCGAUGGGUCUGUGGGGCAGCAGCAGCAGGCGUGUGCUGCUGCUGCCAACAACUACCUCCCAGUUGCUAAGGCCACAGCUGGGCUCUAUGCCUCAGGGAUCCCGCAAGCGAUCGAAGUGCUGCGCCUUGCAACGGGGACUUCGCCGCUUCAAGGGUCGGAGAUUCAACGGCUCAGUACUGACCCGGAGCAGCUCGCGAUGCUGCUGCAUGAAGCGGAGGAAGGCAACCUGGCUGUUCAUGCGGCACUGGGCCGGAAGUAUCUCUUUGGGGUGGACGGAUUUCCCCAGGACUUCGCGAAAGCCAGAUACCACCUUCUUGCGGCUAGCAAGAGUUGGAAGGGGGAGUCAAAAGGCCUCUUGGGCUAUAUGUACGCCUUGGGAUUAGGCGUUGAGCAGGAUUUGAACGAAGCAGCGGAAUGGUUCUUUAGAGGCGCAACAGAAAACGAAGACCCCAUAGCGUACAACGGAGUGGGGCUUGUUUAUUUCUUCGGAACUCCGCUAAUAGAGGCCUCACCUGCGAUGGCCUUUGAAAUGUUUAACAGAAGUGCAACUUUAAAUUCUCCUGAUGGACAGCUAAACUUGGCUUCUCUCUACCUCACAGGAACAGGUGUGUCGAAGUCCUUUGUGGAGGCGUUGAAGUGGCUGACGAAGGCCGUACGCGGAGGCAGCACAGGCGCUGCGUAUGCUUUGGGAACGAUGCAUCUUUCGGGCUUGGGGGCUGUGAGGGACUGUCCCUUGGCUGUGGGGCUGCUGAAGCUCGCUACUGAAAGAGCCCCUUACUUUGCUCAUGCGCUGCAGCGGGCUCACUCGGCUUACGAGCAGAACGCUUUCGAUGAAGCUGCUUUCAACUUCCUUCUUCUUGCAGAGGCUGGCCACGAGGCGUCGCAAAGUAACUUGGCUUUCUUGUUGGAUGCGGGCCUGACUGACAUCUUCUUUGACGGGACCCUCCGACGGAAGCGUUUGCAUGCGCAGAGGUUUUACGAAAUGGCAGCAGCUCAGGGGGCUCUGUCUGCUCAACUCCGACUAGGGGAUUUUGCAUACUAUGGCUACGGUGUUCGGCGCCGCAGUUCCAGCACGAAGUUCUCAAGGGACUUUGUCGAUGAAAAGGGCGCUUCUUUCGAGGGUUGGCUGUCUCAGCCAAAGCUAUGGUUAGAAGAAGGGGUGAAAGACUUUGCCGAAGCGGCAGCGUUCUACCGCAAAGUGGCGGAUUCCGCUAGUUGGGGCCCUGCGCUGGCGGCUAAGGUAUGCCUUGAAGCCGACGAGCAUGCACCCACUGCUCCGGUGUAUGCGGGGCUUGCGGCGGUUUAUUUGAUCGAUUUGCUGGAGAGAGUGGGGCCAGCAGAGGCUUUGAGGAGAGAACGGGGAUUAACAGAUAGAGCAUUCAUUGUCGCAGCCCAACGGGGCCCUGGACAAGCAGCACAAGCCAGGGAGCAGCAGCACUGGCAGUCACGGGAACGGCAGCAGCAGCAGCCGCAGCAGCAGCCGCAGCAGCGGCAACAGCAGCAGCAGGAGCAGCCGGCUAUGCCGCAGCAAAAGCAACAGCAACAGCAACAGCAGACGGCUAUGUCACAGCAACAGCAGCAACAACAGCCGGAUGUGAAACAGCAAAUGCAGCAACAGCAACAGCAGCUGGCUAUGCAACAACAAACCCUGCAGCCGCCGGUGCAGAACAGCGCUUCUGGGCCCCAUGGUGAUGCUCAGCAGCAAGCAGAGCAGUUGAUACAAGGCCAGUUUAGGGCUACAGAAAGCAGCAACAAGGGAAAGGAAGCAGAGGGGUCUCCCACGUUCGGCGCUGCAGCUCUGCCAAGCAGCAGCCAUGGAGUCAGCAGCAGCAACAUCACGGGCAGCAACGGUUCGUCAGGGGCUGUGAAUUCCCCUCGGGACGCUGACAGGUCCGUCGUGAACGGCAUUGGGGGCAACAGCAGCAGCAAGGGGAACAGCGACAGCAACAGCGGCAGCAACAGCAACAGCGGCAGCAUCGAUAGCAGCAGUAGCAGCAGCUGCAGCAGCGAUAGCAGCAACAGCAACAGCAGCAGCAGCAGCAGCC